UUUCCUGCCUAUGUCACUCUAAUCAGCUGCAACACGUGCGGUUUAAAAUUGUUUUGGUUUGGCACAUUUCAUUUAAGCAGCGUUAGAAAUUACUAAUUAAGCAAUUUAACAAUGAAAAUCCGCAAGAAUCACGCCCGAAAGCGUUACCGCUAUAAUGUGAACCGCAAGACGAUGAACAAAACACGCAGUUCGACGGGAAAAAUUAAGGAUCCCAGGAUGAAGAAGAUGUGGAUGGAGGACCAACGCGUGGGCACCAACUUCAGUGAAAUGGGAUUGGCCAAGGAUGUCAACAAGACCAUUGCGAUUCCUAGCUACAAGAAGGAUCGUCUUCUGGCGGCGAGAGUGGUAAAUGGAUUUCUGGAGGAAGAACUUGACGACGAUGAGCGCCGGGCAUUGGGGAUCAAAAAACCAGCCGUGAAGGAGGGUCCAAAACGAGAACAUGUGGUCCAGGAACUAGAGCAACUGGCCAGCGAACGUGCCGAUCCGGAAUUCAGAUUACCCAAGGGUGUGGUCAAGGAACUGUCCUACUUCCUUAACAAGCACAAGUUUAAUUACAAGGCCAUGGUCACCGAUCGAAAGAACUUUGGUCAAUGGACCUGGAGGCAGUUCCGCUUAAAGAUACGCAGAUUCAUGUCCAUUCCGGAGCAGUUCAACGUGUACCUGGAACAGAAGAAGCUUCCCAGCGGCGUAAAACCGGAUUGGGAGGAGUACGAAUCGGACAGUGAAUGGAAAUAAGUGCUUCUGAACUGUAAUAUAAUCUAAAAUAUAACAGUUUUCGGGUUCAUACCCUAUUAUUUGUAAUGACUAGAUGUAUCAUAUUUCUUUAAAUACACAGAAAAAAGCAAGUAAA